AUGCAGGGCCCCGUGCUCGUUCUAAAUGCGAACACGAAGCGCGAGUCGGGUCGCAAGGCGCAGCUCGGCAACAUCGCGGCGGCCAAGGCAGUGGCGGACAUCAUUCGUACCACGCUAGGUCCGCGCUCCAUGCUCAAGAUGCUGCUCGACGCCACAGGAGGUAUCGUGCUGACCAACGAUGGCAAUGCCAUUCUGAGAGAAAUCGACGUCACGCACCCAGCUGCCAAGUCAAUGAUCGAGUUGAGUCGCACACAGGACGAGGAGGUGGGCGACGGCACCACCUCCGUCAUCAUCCUCGCUGGCGAGAUGCUCCACGUGGCAGAGCCCUUCUUGGAGAAAGGCUUUCACCCCACCGUCAUCUGCAGAGCGUACACCAAGGCGUUGGACGAUGCGAUAGCGGUGAUUGACAAGGUGGCAUUCAAGAUCGACGUCAACAACAGGAAGCAGAUGCUGAGCAUACUGCAGAGCUGCAUUGGCACCAAGUUCACCACCCGCUUUGGCUCCCUCAUGGCUGAACUAGCGCUAGAUGCGGUGACAACAGUGGCGGUGGAGGUGGGCGGGCGCAAGGAGAUUGACAUCAAGCAGUACGCCAAGGUGGAGAAGGUGCCGGGCGGUCGGAUAGAGGACAGCGCGGUGCUGCGCGGUGUGAUGUUCAACAAGGACGUGGUGGCCCCUGGCAAGAUGCGGCGGCGCAUUGAGAACCCGCGGGUGGUGCUGCUGGACUCGCCGCUGGAGUACAAGAAGGGCGAGAACCAGACGAAUGUUGAACUCUUGAAGGAGGAGGACUGGGAGCAGCUGUUGAAGAUGGAGGAGGAGUACAUAGCGGGUCUGUGUCGCCACAUAGCAGCAUUCAAGCCCGACCUCGUCAUCACGGAGAAGGGCCUCAGCGACCUUGCAGCACACUACCUCUCCAAAGCCGGCAUCGCAGCCAUCAGGAGGCUCCGUAAAACUGACAACAACCGCAUCGCCCGUGCAGUGGGGGCUACAAUUGUGAACCGAGUGGAGGAGCUGCAGGAGAGCGACGUGGGGACGGGCGCGGGGUUGUUUGAGGUGCGCAAGAUCGGCGACGAGUUCUUCGCGUUCCUCGUGGAGUGCAAAGAGCCCAAGGCGUGCACUGUGCUGCUGCGCGGGGCCAGCAAGGAUAUCCUGAAUGAGAUGGAAAGAAACCUGCAGGACGCCAUGGGAGUGGCGCGCAAUGUGGUGGUGGACCCUCGCCUCGUGCCGGGAGGUGGUGCCGUGGAGAUGACUGUGUCGGCUGCUCUCAAGGACAAGGCCGGCACUGUGGCAGGCAUUGAGCAGUGGCCAUACCGGGCGGUGGCAUCGGCCUUUGAGGUCAUCCCGCGCACACUGGCGCAGAACUGUGGAGUGAGCGUCAUUCGCACCGUCACUGCUCUGCAGGCCAAGCAUGCCCAAGGCGCCAACACGUCCAUAGGCAUUGACGGUGACACGGGUGCCCUCACAGACAUGAAGGAGCUUGGGGUGUGGGAGCCGUAUGCAGUGAAGGUGCAGACGGUGAAAACAGCGAUCGAGGCGGCGUGCAUGCUGCUGCGCAUCGAUGACAUCGUCAGCGGGCUCAAGAAGAAGCAGGCGGGCGGCGCACCGGGAGGGGGCAAGCCACAGCUCGACACCGGGGAUGACGUUGACUCCGAGCAGAUGCUGGCCGACCUUCUCGGCAUCGACGCGAGCGAUCUGCUGUCGCAAUCUCCUUGGUUCCUCCGGGCCGGCUCGUCUCCUUUCGUGAUCAUGGACCGGCGCUUCGGGCGGCUGUACGGGCUUGGCGCCGCCGCACUCCUCGUUGCCAUCAGCUUCCUCGCGACCCACCCCAGCGCCGCUGUUGAAAUCGCGUUGGGAGUGUGGGUGAGUGCUGGAGUGUGGGUGAGUGGUGGAGUGUGGGUGAGUGCUGGAGUGUGGGUGAGUGGUGGAGUGUGGGUGAGUGCUGGAGUGUGGGUGAGUGCUGGAGUGUGGGUGAGUGGUGGAGUGUGGGUGAGUGGUGGAGUGUGGGUGAGGGGUGGAGUGUGGGUGAGUGCUGGAGUGUGGGUGAGUGCUGGAGUGUGGGUGAGUGGUGGAGUGUGGGUGAGUGGUGGAGUGUGGGUGAGUGCUGGAGUGUGGGUGAGUGCUGGAGUGUGCUUCCUCGCGACCCACGCCAGCGCUGUUGAUGCGACGUUUACAACACGUGCUUUGGUGAGUGCUGCACUCAUGAGUGCUUUGGUGAGUGCUGCACUCAUGAGUGCUUUGGUGAGUGCUGCACUCAUGAGUGCUUUGGUGAGUGCUGCACUCAUGAGUGCUUUCGUGAGUGCUGCACUCAUGAGUGCUUUCUGCAAGGAAACUCUGGGCGCAAGCGCAAGGCCAAGAAGCAGAGGCGCACCUUCUCCACAGCACCUCCUUUCAUCUGCUUUCCCCUGUCCCGCCCUCCCCACAGGCCCCCUACUGCGGACGACGCUGGAGCUGCAGGGCCCCAGCUCUGGGCGCAAGCGCAAGUCCAAGAAGCAGAGGCUCAUGUUCUCCACCGAUGCGCCGGCAGAUGCGAUCGGUGGCACCAUCGCGUGCACGGACCUGACCUCCAGCAUCGGCGGCAACACCAAGGCCGCUGUGGUGUGGAGAGUCGCGAAGCUCGCUGGAGCUGAAAACGGCAUGUGCCAGAGCCUCACGUUCUACUCCGGCCCCGGCUGCUCGGGCCAGCCGGGCCUGACGAUCGCACGCCCUGCGAUGAAGGGCCUUGCCUACCCCUGCGAUGAAGGGCCUUGCCUACCCCUGCGAUGA